ACGUGAUGCUACAAGCUGACGUAGGCUACUUGAAGAUAGCGUGUGUCUGUGUGUAGAGAAAGGUGCUGGGAAGAACUGUGCCAGCAGAAAAAUCCUCACCUUAAGCAUGGAAGGAGCUGACGAAUUAAUGAAGUAUCGUUCACCUUUGGUGUCUCGGUACGCCAGCAAGGAAAUGGCCUAUAACUUCAGUGACAGGAAGAAAUUCACAACUUGGAGGACGCUGUGGAUCUAUCUUGCUAAAGCGGAAAAGGCAUUGGGUCUGCUCAUCACAGAUGCCCAGAUUUUGGAGAUGGAGACCCAUGCAGAGGACAUUGACUUUGUCAUGGCAGCUGAAGAGGAGCGUAAGCUCAGGCAUGAUGUCAUGGCUCACGUCCACACCUAUGCACAUUGCUGCCCCACUGCAGCUCCCAUCAUUCACCUUGGAGCCACCUCAUGCUAUGUGGGAGACAACACUGACCUCAUUAUGCUGCGUGAUGGCUUUGACAUCCUCUUGCCUAAGCUGGCGAGAGUCAUUGACAGGCUGGCAAACUUUGCAGACAACUAUGCUGACCUACCCACACUUGGCUUUACACACUACCAGCCUGCCCAGUUGACCACAGUCGGGAAGCGAGCAUGUCUAUGGCUGCAGGACUUGGUCAUGGACAUGCGGAACCUACAGCGAGCCCGUGAUGACCUACGUUUCCGGGGGGUCAAGGGGACCACUGGCACCCAGGCCAGCUUUCUACAACUCUUUCAGGGGGACUAUGACAAGGUUGAGGAGCUUGAUAGGAUGGUGACAGAAAUGGCUGGCUUCAGAAAAGCCUACCUGGUGACUGGACAGACAUACAGUCGUAAAGUGGACAUAGAUUGUCUAUCCAGCCUGGCCAGUUUGGGAGCUAGUAUUCACAAGAUCUGCACAGACAUCCGCCUGUUGGCCAACCUGAAGGAGCUUGAGGAGCCUUUUGAGAAAGAGCAGAUUGGUUCCAGUGCUAUGCCUUACAAGAGGAAUCCCAUGCGUGCAGAGCGUUGCUGUAGCUUGGCUCGACAUCUGGUUGCACUAAUUGCUGACCCUCUGCAGACAGCGUCCGUGCAGUGGUUGGAGAGAAGCCUGGACGACAGUGCCAACAGGAGGAUCUCACUGCCUGAGUCCUUCCUGACUGCAGACAUCAUCCUCAGCACUCUGCAGAACAUCACAGAGGGUCUGGUGGUCUACCCCAAAGUCAUUGAGAGGCAUAUUCGCCAUGAGCUGCCCUUCAUGGCCACAGAGAACAUCAUUGUGGCAAUGGUUAAGGCUGGAGGAAACAGACAGGACUGCCAUGAGAAGAUCCGUGUUCUAUCCCAAGAGGCAGCAGCUGUUGUUAAACAGGAGGGUGGUGACAAUGACCUACUGGCCAGGGUACAGCGAGACCCCUACUUCAAACCCAUCCUGGACCAGCUAGAUGCUUUGCUAGACCCCAAAACCUUUAUUGGCCGUGCCCCACAACAGGUUGCCAGGUUUUUGUCAGAGGAAGUGCGCCCACUGCUAGAGCCAUACAAAACCAAGAUGGAUGUCAAGAUUGACCUUGAGCUUUAAUAUGCACAUACCUAAACACGCUGACAUGUGCACAUCCCAUUAGAGAAAGACUUCCUCAUAGUGUUUGGGCAUGAAAACUACUGUGUUUUACCUUAAUAAAGAAAACUCUUGAAUUUA